AUGGCAAAUAAACAAACAGAUAAUUUAGAUAGACUUUUACUUGUAUUUGUGCAUGGAUUUCGAGGCACAGAUACGAGUUUCAAAGAUUUCCCUAAUCGGCUUCAAACCAUUCUUACUAAUACAGUCAAAGCAGACGUGGAAGCUGUUAUCUAUCCUUCUUAUAAAACAGCAGGUGAACUAAGUGUAGCUGUUGAGAACUUUUCCAAUUGGUUAUGCCAACAAGUGUCAACGAUCCAUCAACACAUGCAAAAACUAAACAGUACAGGCAACAUCAUGAUUGUCUUGUUGGGUCACUCCAUGGGUGGUAUUGUUGCUGCGGAAACGAUACUAAGAUUUCAUGCCAACCAAGACCAAGCCAACAUAUUAGGCGCCCAUAUCAUUGGCAUGCUUGCGUAUGAUACACCUUUUUAUUCGAUCAGCCGCAAUUUUGUAGCUAAUAGAGCUAGAUCAGGCGUCGAUCAAGUCAGAGGACUCAACACCUUAUGGAACACAGGAGCAGCAACGGUUACAGCAGCCACUGCCACAAGAGCCAUCACAGCAGGAUCGAAAGCAAACACGAGUGGUAAGAAAUGGGGCAUGUUGGCGGGUGUAGUAGGUGCUGCUGCCUUGGGUGCCGCUGCUUAUCUAGCGCGUGACCAAAUCCAAGAGACCAUCACAGAUGCUUAUGAUCAAUUGACUUUUGUGAGCGAUUUAGCUGAUAUGAAUGGAUGUGAUCAAAGGUAA